CAGAGCAUGCUCCCUCUGCUGAGAUGCUCUGUUUCAGAAAUCUUCGCAUCGAUAACAGCAUUCCCUCUUUUCGUUCAGAUCUCAUAGAGGCUUUUUGUCUACAAACCCGUGGAGUUGUUGCAAUCCAUUUGAAAAUUAUCAGAAGUUUUGGAGUAACUGCUGCAACAGCUCAUACUUGAUUUCAACACAUCCAAAACACGGUUUUGAAGAGUUGGAGAGAAGGCUUGAAGAUUGAGAGGGAAUGACGAAUUCUGAAACUGAUUACAUCUUUUUUGCUGAGAGUGAAAAUGAGGAUGAAGGUAAAGAUUUCGAUGGAGAUGAAGAUAAGGAUUUAGAUGGAGAUGAAGAUGAUGGGAAGGAUUGUGAUAUUUCAGAUUAUGCGGAGGAUGACAAACCUAAUUCUCUGGACACAGCAUGGCCUCAAAGUUACAGGAAGUCGAUGGAUCUUUACAGUAAUGUAGCAUCUCCGAAUUUAAACUUUCUGGCGUCUCCUAGUUUUCCAUCAUUAGGGAGUUCAUUCAUUUCCUCAUCACCUAAAAGGAGGCACACAAGUUUUGGCAAACCUCUCCUUUUUCCUGGAGAUGACAACCAGCAACCACAAGAACGUCAUAGUUCUGAUCAUUCACUUCACCGUCAUCAGACAUCUUCUGCCAAGAAGUUAUCACAAUAUCAUAAAUCACAAAUUAGACAAAGUUCAUUUGGCCAAUCUGUGGUUAAUGGCGUUAAUCUUCUUUGUGGAGUGGCACUUCUUUCUACUCCUUAUGCAGUCAAAGAAGGAGGAUGGGUUGGGCUGUCGAUAUUGUUUAUCUUUUGUGUUCUUGCAUACUACACGGGCAUCCUCCUCCGCUACUGCUUGGAUAGUCAGCCGGGCCUUAAGACUUACCCAGAUAUUGGUGAGGCCGCCUUUGGCAUAGUCGGACGCCUAUUCAUCGCUAUAAUUCUGUAUGUGGAGUUGUAUGCAGCGUGUGUUGAAUUAAUAAUCUUGGAGAGUGAUAACCUAUCUUCUUUGUUCCCAAAUGCACAUUUAAGUUUCGGAGAAUAUCAACUGAGUCCACAAUAUUUGUUUGCAAUUGUGAUCACUCUUGCUGUGCUUCCUACUGUUUGGCUUCGUAACUUGAGUGUUCUCAGUUACAUCUCUGCUGGCGGAGUUUUUGUAACCAUCAUAUUGGUCAUUUGCUUGUUUUGGGUUGGUUUGGUGGAUGAUGUUGGCUUUCAGACUGAAAGCACGACGACAUUAAACCUCUCCACUUUGCCUGUGUCUAUUGGGAUAUAUGGAUAUUGUUAUGCAGGACACGCAGUUCUUCCUAACAUCUAUAUGUCCAUGGAAAAACGAAGCCAAUAUCCUCUAGUCCUCUUAGCCAGCUUUGCAAUAUGUACUUCUCUUUACGGUGGAGUUGCCAUAAUGGGAUACAUGAUGUUCGGAGAAUCAACAGAAUCACAAUUCACUCUCAACCUGCCGACAAAAUUGCUGGCCUCGAAAAUUGCUGUCUGGGCUACGGUAAUCAGUCCAUUUACCAAAUAUGCUUUAACCAUAUCCCCAGUUGCUUUGAGUCUGGAGGAAUUGAUACCAUCAAAUACUUCCAUGUCUCACUUGUAUUCCAUCCUCAUUAGAACGGCGUUGGUUAUCUCUACUUUACUUGUGGCCCUCUCCGUCCCCUUCUUUGGUCUGGUGAUGUCGCUAAUCGGAUCUUUACUGACAAUGCUUGUGUCCUUGAUAUUUCCUUGUGCUUGCUUUUUGCGGAUAGUUAGGGGAAACGUAACUCGCCUUCAGGGAUCGCUCUGCGUAUUAAUCAUUGCAAUUGGCUUCGUCUCAUUAGCGUUUGGAACCUACGGAGCCUUAUCUGAAAUCAUUCAGCAGCUAUGAUCAUGUGUUGGUACUCAAAUUCGAACUCGUAUGACAUUCUGUGUCAACAAGUUAUCAAAAUAGACAGUAUAUAGUUUUAUUCAAGAAUAUGGGGUACUUCAGAAUGCUACUACUUGGUUGAAUUGGAUCUAUACAUGAUAGUUGUAUAAAAAUUCAAUGACAAUUAUCCAAUAUGCAUGUUCUAGAUC